CAGGAAAUCACACUCGGGACAAAAAUCAUCAGUUCCUGAACCUACUCCUUUGGAAGUCUACGCAGAUCCCUACAGUGUUUCCAAAGCUUAUACACCUGACACAUUUGCAGGGGCACAUAUUUCAGAUGUCUUAGCUGAAAAUGAACAGCUUAAACUAAAGGUUGAGAGACUUGAACUUGAAGGCCACCAAGAGAGAGUGGAUCUCAACAAAGCUAUAGCUGAAGUAGAGGCUGUUGCUAGGAGAGACAGAGAAAAUCUGCUACAAGAGUUGAAUACAUUACGGCAAGAAAAUGCUGCUGAGAAGCAGCGACUAAUAACCGAGCAUUCGCUCCAAUAUUCCAACAGUAAACUGGCUGAACUUCAAAACACAAUAGAUUCUCAACAGGUUAUGCUAAAACACCUAAAACAACAAACCAAAGAUCUGAAGAUUGAUCGUGAUGAUUUGGCUGCAUCAAGAAUAAGAGAAGCUGCGCUAGAAAUGGAGGUCAAAGAGUUGCGUAAUGAGCUGAGGGAGGCGCGGGAAACACAAUCUCCGGAGAUGAAACAUUUUAAUGCCAUACAGAACAAAAUCGCUGAGAUGGAACAAAGACAUUCACAACGAGAGCAAGAACUGAGACAAAUCAUACGAAACACUCAA